GUUUUAGAUUAUAUGAAUAUAAAGUAGGCCACUGCUAGAACGUCUAGAUAGAUAGAAGGCCUAUAAAAGUUCAAUGCUAGAAUUUAAAAUAAUGUUUACUUUGAUAAUGAAAUUUGCUAGUUAUUUAUGAUAUUGUAAUUGUGGAAAAAUGAAUAACAUAGACUACAUUUAUAUAUAAUAAAUAGGCUAAUAUUAUGAUGUUCAUGAUUACUAAAUUAUGCAGAUAUAACAUACGAUUAAAACAUUUACAUAACCGUUACUCGUUGUCAUGCAACAUUCUAAGUAAUAAAGUUAUAUGGCAGUGUAAUUUCCUCACAGCCAAAGCUUUCUCAUUAUCAGACUCAUCUGGUCUCGAUGGCACUAAUUGAAUUGGCUCGGGCUAGAGCUGGUGCUGACAUGACACACAAACAGGCAGGUGGAUGUUCGAGGACCAGCACAUACUCAUUACUGUUCUCUGUUUUCUCUCUCUAUCAUUUCCCCUUUUUUACAGUGGCUGAGAAGGUCAACAGCAUUUAGAGAGGAUGAUUUUCUCUAAUGAAGAUGCCCGCCCUGUACUACAGAAGUCAGCUGAGAGGCAGGGCGCUCCGCUCUCCGGGGUUGCCGUCCCCGGCUCUUUGCUGCGCUUGCGGGCUUUGCAUCAUGCUGGCGGGCAUUAACAUCACCCUGGUGGGCGCUCUUGCCUUCAAUAAACUGCUCCCCUUAAGCAACCCUCCCAUCAUCAUCGGACCCAUUCUCCUCUUGGUGGCCUUUUCAUUUUUUGGAGCGUGUUGCAUCUGCAGUCGCCGACCCAUCAGACAAACUUCUUGCACGUCUACCGGACGGGACCACUGGGCGUUGAUGAGGAUUGGCAGAGCCGUGUUUGAGAUGGAAACCAGCGAGCCCACUCUACAGGACACCACAGCCAUUCAGCUCAGUCCAACAAAUUCUCCAAGCUCCUCCCACCGCUGCAGCCCCAACCACCUUCCUGGUGCUCCACUCCACCCUUCAGAAACGUAUGAGUUUUCAAAGGGAAAUGAUGUGAGAACUCAUGCCUAUGCUGGAUCAAACCCUUCAACCCUCCGAACUGCCUGUCUGACUCUGCAAACAUCCACAGGUCUUUAAGAUGUUUCAUGAGCAGACAUGUAAUAGACCACAAACUAAUUUAACUUGCCAUCAGCUCACAGGGUCAGUCCGACCUUUGGAAUAAGGUAUUGAAAUAAGAAAUAACAUAUCAUAAUUUCAUCAUCUCAGGCUCAGAAUAGUAUGAAAAGGAAGACUAGCUAAUACAGGAUUAAUGCAGGAUCAAUUUGAAAGUGUUUGACCUAGCACUCCAGUCCUUUCUGACAAAUCAGAUAUGGCAAAUUGACUGUGAGCUGUAGUUAGAAUUAGAAAAUAUUGAACAAUUUCGGCUGGUGAUGAAUUCUGUUCAUGCAGAAAAAGAUCGACUUAACUCUGAAAGACUGCAGUGGAAAAUAUUAUUAUUAUUACAGUUUUAAGAUUUAAAGGGUUAGUUCACCCAAAAAUGGAAAUAAUGUCAUUUAUUACUCACCCUCAUGCUGUUCCACA